AUGAAAAACUACAGGGUCAAUAUGGUCAAUAUGAUUGGUCAUAAAGGAGAACAAGCCUUAUCAGAGAUUGGAUUUACAAAGCAAAUGGUUUCAAUGGGCCAUCAAGCUUGUGGGGCCCUUGAGCUGUGGAACUAUCCAGUGUGGCUCAGAGAUAUUACUGCACAAGAUACAGACGGUAGAGAUCGACCUGAUCACGUGGACCUACCUGCUCUUGAGAUUUACAGGGACAGAGAGAGGAAAGUUGCAAGAUACAAUGAGUUCCGUAGGGCCCUCUUAUUGAUUCCCAUUUCCAAAUGGGAAGAUCUAACGGAUGAUAAGGAGGCAAUUGAAACCCUUGAAGAAGUUUACGGUGAUGAUGUAGAGGAGCUUGAUCUCCAAGUGGGGCUAAUGGCAGAGAAGAAGAUCAAAGGGUUCGCUAUUAGUGAGACAGCUUUCAUUAUAUUNCCCUUGAAGAAGUUUACGGUGAUGAUGUAG